CAAAAAUUUCUUUCUCCCUCUUCCCAUUCCUCAAUUCUCACGACACUCAACAAUUUCUUUCUCCCCAAAUCUAAAUCUUAAAACCCUAGCCCCAAACCAACUACUGCAAGCUCCAAUCCAUCUACCAGCGGCGACGAGGAAGACGAUUGCUGUUGUCGGCACUCGGCCAAGCAAGAGCACGAACAGGAGCAUUCUCUUCCAUUUGGUUAUUCCGGCAAGAAUUGCUAUGGGGCAUACAGUGGACGACCCACAUUGGAUCUUGACGUGAGGAUGUCUGAUGAAAUGUCACAGUAAUAGACUGCACGAUCUUUUGUCUGGUAUUUGGAUCAAGAGUUUGACAUGGCGUGGGUAGCGUUAAUCUUAUCAGUGGUUGUGCUUUGGGUUGCUUCUCUUUGCAAAAUUCUCCAGGGAUCUUCCUCUGCCUCCAAAUCUACAUUCUUAAAAGAAGGCGGGAGUACCAGAAGGAGAAAUGUCUUGCUAGUUAUUGCGCAUCCUGAUGAUGAGUCUAUGUUCUUUGCUCCGGUUAUCAAUUACCUGGUUUCAGAGGGUCAUAAUGUGCACAUACUGUGCAUGUCAACUGGUUUUGUCAAUAUUCUCAGAGUACAAGAUAAGAUACUUGUUGCAAGUGUAGGCAAUGCAGAUGGCAUGGGAAGUAUUAGAAAAGAAGAGCUCUACCUGGCCUCUGCUGUUCUCAAGAUUCCAACCUGGCAAGUAUAUAUUCUGGACCAUCAGGAUUUGCAGGAUGGUUUUGGCAAAGUGUGGGACUGGAAUCUAUUGUCAAGCAUUAUCGAUAAGGAAAUGAGCGCCCAUUCUAUUGACUUGAUCAUUACCUUUGAUGAGUAUGGUAUCUCUGGACAUUGUAAUCACUGUGACGUACAUCAAGGAGUAAGAAAGCUAGUGCAUGAUACUUCAGGAAGACAUUUUGAGGCAUGGGAGCUUGUAAGCACUAACAUAGUGCGCAAGUACAUUGGGCCAGUUGAUAUUUGGUUAUCCAUCUUAUUAGGCAGAUGCCUGAAAACUGGACAAUCUCAUUGCUUGCUCAACUUAUAUCCCCGCAGAAGUUACGAUGCAAUGGCUCAGCAUUCUAGCCAAUGGGUUUGGUAUCGGAAACUUUUCGUGGCAUUUUCAAGCUAUACAUACGUUAACACACUCAAGAAAAUUGCUUAAGUAGCUGUCUGCAUGGUUGGAACUCCAAUUACUUGGUGACCAUUGAAUCGAGGUGGUUGCUAUAUAGAGUUAGAGAUAAUAAAUAGUACUUUUAGAGUUGCUUUGGUCUGAACUAUGUGAUUGAUAUUUGAUGAAUUGGGUGCGAAAUCAGAUCAUGAAGGUGAUACUUAUAGCAAUCAACCCUUUGAUUUUC